UAUAAUUAAAAGUAAUAAGAAAGACAAACACUUAAAUAGCUAAAGAAGCUUUAGUUAAAACAAAAGAUAUAAAAUCUUUUAUUAAAGUUUCAUUCUUUGUGUUAGCAACAAAAAAAACUAAUCUCCUUUUAAACAUAAUUCAGUGACAUUUAAUUAAAAUAUAAAGACUAUUCUUAAAAAAAUAUUACAACUAAAUUGGAUUUAAUGAAAGAAAGAUAAUCUGAAACAAAAAAAAUGCAAUCACUUUAAAGUUGUGAAUAAAAUUAAGAAAAUAUAUUAUUAUUUUCAUCACCGAAUACUGGAAGAGAUUCAUAUAUGCUUAAGUAGAUAUCAACUGAUAGAAAUCAAAAUACAAUCGAAGAAAAUUACCAUAAAGACAUGGAGGAAAAAUAAGAAAAUCUUUGA